AUGCACACAUCUGAUUUACGAUUUGACCUUGAUGGACCGGAAGUAUGCCAAGAUCUCGUGAUCAGUCCACCUUUAUGCUCAGACAGCUCUUCAAAGACUCUAAUUCAAAAUGAAAGUUCGAUAAUACCGGGAAAAGAGUCAGGUGAAUGUGGCAGUAGACUUGAAGAAGGAUAUCUAAAUUCAUACUCAAACGCAACCUGUGGUACGAUUUCAAAUGAAUCAUGUGGAAAUUUCGAACCAAUUGAUUGGCCAAACUUAAUCCUCUUGACUGUGAUCAUGGGAGGUUCUUGGGCAUUUGGUCGGUAUUUACCUGAACCUUGGGCUAAUGGUCAAAGUAUCAGUUGGGCAAGGAUUUAUGUAGGACUUAUUGGGAUCAUCAUUGGAACUACUACGGGGUAUGUUUUGUUGGUUAGGAUUGGAAAGAAAGUUUACAAUGCAGUUGUGUUUUCGACUUUGAUUCAUAGUGAUGUGGCAUUGAAUGAGCUAGAUAGGUUUGCAGAACCUGGUCCGAUUUCAGCACUGCAACUUUUAAGAUUCAGAUUCUUAUCAGAUUCAAUGAGUCGUUCAAAGAGACCAUACGAUAAAAGACCAUGGUCGAUUUACAUUUUAUAUUUCUUAUUGAUCGUCACAUUUUCCCAAGCUGGUUCAUUCCUUUAUGGUCGCACGGUGUUGAUUUCUUCGAUCACACAACCACAAUUGGAAAAAUAUCACUUACUUCCCGUGUUAGGAGGUUUAUCAGCAAAAGAUAUCAAGUAUGCGAAAGAUAUGACCACCUCUUUUACAGAUGGAUCUAAAUGGACAGUAUCAUCACUAUCAUCUUUAAUUACUCCAAGCACAUCAAACUUACCUUUCAUCUCAAACAAAACCGGUACCAAAACUUCCAUAACGUUUACUCAAGCUUCAUCUGAAUAUUUUUCUUUGAAUCCAACCACAGUUGGACCUGCAUCAAAUCUUUGGAAAGCUUUUGAAAAUCAAAUCAGUUAUAAUCUUAAUUCAAAUUCUAAUCAUAAUCUUAGUCAAGAUUUCAGUUUAGGUGAAAAUCUUUUAGGUCAAGAAAGCUUUGGAGAAACAGGUUUGAAAUCUGUUUUGAUUGAAUAUCCAUUAUGGGGAUCAAGAGUUUCGUGUAAAACCAUUGAUGAAGGUCAAAUACCUAGUCAACUGAUAUCAAGACCGUCAAGUACAGGUUCUAUUCCGGAUUAUUUCAUGGUGGUUGCUAAUCAGACUAUCAAGGAGUUGCUGGAUCAAGUUGAGGGUGAUCCUGAAUUGGUCAAUUCGAAUGUGCUAUUUAAUCCUACGGCGAAUUCUAGUGAUUUAACCCCGGGACAGGUCGUGAUUGGUCCAUGGACUGAUGAUGGAGUUGCACUUUCAUUUCAAUCAUUCAUGUUAGAUAAUGGAACCACAGGACAAGGAGCCACAGCAAUAGACUUUAUUCUGAUUAGGCUUAAUACGAGUUAUAUCAACAGCUCUCAAAGUGGUCCAUUAGAUUACGAAUUUGAAACUACUACAUCUUUAUCUGAUUCUUUAGUAGGUAUUGAUGGUGCAAUCUGUAUAACCAAAGUUUCACCGUAUCUUGUUAGAGCUGUUGAUUCGAAUGGUUUAGUAGCUUUGAAAGAAAUCAUAUCAGAAGGAAAUAACAUUGAUCAAAGAAUAACUAACAUUCAUGAAGAAAUCGAACCUGAACUCUUAACGACUUUUGAUAAUGUUGAAGAUGAAAUCACUUCAACCGGAAAAGAAACCGUAUUCCUCAACGCUUUUUUAAAUUCUCGUAACCAAUUAAAAAAAGAUAACAGUAGAGAUGAACCAUAUGUUCCAAAUCCAACAUUAGUUCAAAUGUCUACCAUCAAUAAACAAUCUAUCAUUCCUACUUUAGCUUAUGGAAAAUUAAAUUCAACACGUACAGAGAUGGUCAUCAGAUCUACAAACAGUCGAUAUUUUCAAUGGUAUCUAGUAGGACAAACCAGAAUCUUUGGUCAUGCUUAUGUUUACAGAUCUGUUGCUGUUGUGAAAGUUAACAUUCUGUGGUUCACAAUUCUAAUGAUCACUCUUUAUUUCUUGGGUUUAUUAGGAAUCUUAGGUUCUCCUAAAUUACCUCUCAAUUUACCUUCUCAAGAAAUUAGAGUUUCUACUUGGUUAUCUAACUUUUCAGAUCAAGUGAUUCUUAAUAAUUCUUCUUCUGAGAAAAUCGAUUCGAUCGAUCAAUCUGUUGGUAAUCAUCAUCAUCAUAUUACAAUUCGGUAUAGAGAUCCAAAAAACAAUUAA